AUGGAGGAACAAACCGAAAACAAACCGAGGGCGAGGUCUACCUUCCCCAAGCGUUGGUUCUUCGAUCGACCAAGGAUGGGUAUUCUCAUCUCAACCCUGGCGCCGGUCAACACGAUACAGUCGACGCUGGUCCCUGUGCCGUCGGCUUCAGAUGACCGCGAUCUCGAAGCGGCCAAAGUAGUGGAUGACGAGGAUACAAUCCGCCCCUACGAAUACAACAACGACGAAGCUGUCCACCGCCGGCUGCCGUCGCUCAACACGAACCUCGCCCUCGUCGACUUCAUGUGCCUGUGGGUCGGCUGGCUGUUCCAUACCGUGCUCCUAUACUGGACCUUCUCGACGUCGUGCAGCCGCUCGUCAACGGCCUAA